CGUACAGUGCGUGAAGAGGAGCCUCCGAGCUUGUGUGAGUUAGUGAGAGCAACCGCAGGCUGAGGCGGAGUGAACGUCCGCGGAGAGAAGGAGAAGGGCACCGUGUGAAGAGGGUCGGCGCAUGUUGUCUGAUUGCGAGACGCCGGAGCAGAGACGGGAAUGAUCCGGACAGACUGAGGGAGCAAACGGAGGGUGGGAGCAGAUUGGCGCGGCUGCGUUGUGGAUGUAAACUUUAUCAGCUGCUGAGCCGGUGGAUUAACCAUGCGUGUCCCCUGAACGCACCAGGAUGCUGCGUCUCCAUCAGGGGAAAAGCUGGCCGUGGCUCGUCUGCAGAGGGAAGUUGCACGGAGCAAGAGGGAAGGCACAAUGCGAGAAAAGCUGAUCCACGAGCUAGAGGAAGAGCGACGUCUGCGACUGGAGAGCGAGAAGCGACUCCGGGAAGUGACAGAGGAGUCCGAGCUGGGACGGGCCCAGAUGCUCUCACUGCAGCAGCAAUUCCUCAGGAUGGAAGAGACGGUGCGCUCACUCCUGCAGAACCAGGGUGUCCUGGAGCAGACUGCUGUGGACACGGUGGACAUCAUGAAGGCCUACAAAGAUAAACUCACAGAGGAAGGGCAGAAACAGCACUGUGUCCCCGAAGAGAAUGGGCCCCUGCUGGCAGCUCAUCCAGAGCUUGAGUUUGGACUGCUGGCAUCCACCAAUCAAGAUGCCAGCUUGGCAGAAGAGGAAAAAGACAAAACCAAGGUUCUCCUGGAACGCCUGAAGGCUCUGGAGGAGAAGAAUUCUGCCUUGGCCUCAGAGAACGAGAGUCAGAGGGAGCAGUACGAGCGCUGUCUCGAUGAGGUUGCCAAUCAAGUGGUGCUGGCACUUCUCACCCAGAAGGAUCUCAGAGAGGAGUGUCUGAAACUGCGAACACGGGUUUUCGACUUGGAGCAGCAGAAUCGGGCUCUGGGGAUUUUGUUCCAACAGAAGAUCAAGCCGGCCUCGGACCUGCUCCUCCAGAAACUCCACUCUAGAAUCAUGGAUUUGUCUGCAGCCGACUUGCUCCUGGAGCCAGAGAAAAGCAAGGCGUUUUUACUUUCCAGGAACACAGAGUCUCCUCCCACGGAGACCCACGGACAUGGAAAGCCGAGCUUCCAUUUGAGCAAGUGUCUCAGCCAGUUGAGUCUGACGAUGCCAGCGCCUUUGUACCAACGCAGCAGUUGUAGCAGCAGCGAAUUGUCUUUGUCAAGUGCUUGCAGUGAAUACUCCAGUGGUUCAUACACCUGGAAUGAUGGACGUUCCUGCAGCAAAAUGACGUCGCUGAACUGGGAGACCAGACUGAGUUUGGGUUCUUCGGCCCCCAGCAACAUCUGUGCUCUGCCAGAGGACCAGCGGACCAGACGCAAGGAGACCAACAUACUUGAGGGACUGCGGAAACUACAAAGGAGGAGGCACAGAUCCUCAUCAAUGUCCAAGAUCUCCAAGGCGGGUUACAAGGACUGUAUGAACUCCAACGAGGGCAUAUAUUCCCUUGGCAUCAAAAGCAGCAGCAGAGGAGUUUCCAAGCCCACCCACGUAGCAAGGAAUUUGCAUCUUGGAAGCAGGAAGUUGUCGGAUGAGUCUGACGAUGCCGAUGAUGAACUGGCACAUUCAAGUCAUUCAGAUAAAAUCCCAACAAAAGACAAUUGGUUUUACUGCAAGAGGCUUUCCCGGAGCAUCUCAGACAGUUUGUGUAGCUGGGAGGGGACUCAGGAUAACGUACCUGGUGGUGACCACAACUCAGGCUCUACGGCGACAGAACAACCUCCUGCCUAUGACCCAAAGGAGCGUCCUGAGAAACUCACGAGUUGCAUUCGCACUUUUCUCCCUGUGGGAGAGCAUAAAUCGGCUUUUUCUAAACCAUCCGCUCAACGGAUGCCUGCUUCUCAAAUGAGUGCUUUCAUUCAGAACUCAGACACAGAAGAUAGAGAGAAACUCAACUCAGAGUCUAAUAACCGUCUGUCUUUUACCCAGCCAGACAAGCCGUUGCAGAGGCUCUCCAGAGAUAUGUCCAAGCAGCUGGCACAGCGCUGCUUGCAAAGGGAGCAAGGACGCACCCUUUCAGCCGAUGGGAGACCUCAGCCUUGUAGCCUGAUUAAGGAAUCUAAAGCAGGAACCUGCAGUCAAUCUGAAGAGAGUGUCUUAGUAAUAUUUGAUGCUGAGGGACAGCCAAUUGAGCUGUGUUCGCAGAAGACAACGGCACUGCACGGAUCUCAAAAAAGUAUUGCGGGCUGCAACGCAACUGAUGGUUCCAUUGAAUCAGUGCGCCAUGAGAGACCAUCGCGACAGAGAAACUACACUGCUCUUGAAUCUCCUGAAAAGCCAUGCGAAUAUCAGUCUGGCAUGAACAGGUCAAGCGAAAAGUUAGCAAUGCAAGCCACCCCACCAAAAAAGCUGGUUAAACCCGGAAUUAACAGAAACAGCAGAGGACAUUCUAUCCCUCCAAUGAAUGAUUCUGUGGGCUCAAAACCCUCUGGAUCAAAAAUACCUGGGCGGAAUAAACAUUCACCGUCUCCUCUUAGAGUGUCCAAGGGCUCCAACACUGAUAAUUCAGGACCUUCUGCGCAGGAGAGAUCUCCAUUAUCUCCAUUAUCUCCAUCAGCUAAGGUCUCCAGGUUUAGUAAGGCCUCACAGAGCACCAAGGCUGUAAACUCCAAGCUUUCUAACAGGAACCCAUCAUCCAACUCUUCUCAUCUUUCAAGGAAGCAGUUGGAUUUGGCUGAGAAAAUUGAACAGCCAAUCAGGGACAAACACUGUGAAACCAUGAAAAACAAACUCAGGUCCCCUUCUCCUCCCCUACCCCCAGGUCGCACCACCUCUUUACUAAUAAGACCAAAUUAUGAAGCAUCACCUCAAGCACAUAAAUUUGGGGUGACCCAACAAGCUACACCAACCACUGUGAGGGGUCCACCCCCGAGUUACCAUAACUCAAAUACACAAAAUAUGCAAGCUACAUUGCCCAUUAAAGAUAAAGAUUUAUUUGACAAGGAGCAUGAUGCAGGCUACGGGACUUCGCUAGCACCUCAAAAACUGGUUGGACAAACUGGUCAGCACCUUCAAAAGUCCCCUGUCAUCAUUCAUGCUCCAACUAAAGGAACUUUUAAACGGAUAACUACAAAAGACUACCUCCCUACUGCAAACUCAGGGCACGGUCCUGAACAUGAAACUGCACCUAAAAGUUCAAAGAAUGUCCCGCCUCCAUACAGUGCCCUCAACAAGAGAGGAACUCCUUAUGAAAAUGGUCACCAGUUAGUGCAAAAGAGUUCUGUUAGUUUACCACUUACAGAUACAACUCAAGCGAAAUCAGAGCCACAUAAUGGUAAAGAUCAGCUAAGCCCUCUGAAAAGUCCAGGCAUGCUGUCACCCAAUUCAGGUGAUAGAGCCUCCAAGAGUCGAAUCCCAAUGGGUUUCAAAGCUUUUUUAAAAUCUCCUCCGAGCCACAAACAUGCAACUUCAAUUCCAGCCAAGCUGGAGAAAGAUCAAAUCAACUUGGUCUCCAAGGACACUGUGAUCUUAACUGUCUCCACCCAGAGUGACAACUCAGAGCCUGUGCACAGUACCGAUUCACCACCUAAGAUCUUGGGUAGCGGGGGGAAUGGUGAGGUUCCAGGUAGGUUAGUGCUCGAGGGUGGAAAUGCUGGUGAGUCGCAUGAAGAAGAGGAAGGUUGCAUUAAAGACAAAAGAGGUAGCCAGCUGUUUUCUCGAUCCAUAUCUGUCACGACCAAACCACAUCUGAAGCCAGCCUUGGGAAUGAACGGGGCUAAAGCCCGCAGCCAGAGCUUCAGCACAAACUACAUAGAGAAACCGAACAUCAAUGUUCUGGAUGGACCAGUAAAAAUUAGGACCCAGAUCAUAACUAACUCUGGUGAACGAGGGAACUCAUUAUCAAGGCAAACAUCCUUGGAGGUGCCCUCACAUGUGUCAGCUGAGAGUCCUCUCCAUUCCCCAAGAAUGAGGCUAAGUCAUUAUGGUGGAAUGACUGGGUCCUCGUUCCAAAGUAUCACAGAGAAAACCCCUGUAUUUACAUCGCCCCCUCAGAAAGAUCCACGCACCAUACCCAUCACGAAUAGAGACGGUGUGAACAACAUCCACAAGCCAGGAAAGGUUGUACCUCAUUCACAGUUUCAAGCUGCAUUGAGCAGCCUGUACAGCCCAGAAAAAGCCAUCAGUUCUGGCAGACCGGGAUUGAGCCUUGAAGAUCAUGGUCAGAAAGAUCAUCCCAACAAAACCCCAGAGGUGGAAGAAACACAAAUCAGCUCCAUCAUCUGCACCAUAGAGGAAAAAGUCAUGCUGGGCAUUGAGGAGAACUUGCAAAAAUCCCAAGAACACGAGAAGAACGCCAUGAGUGAGAUGAAGCAAAAAACUGUCCCGUCGCUCGCCAACUGGUUUGGUCUCAAAAAGAGCAAACUUCCAGCACUGUCAGGAAAGAAAGCCGACUCCCCCAAAGGAAGAGAGGAGAAAAGAGAGCUGAAGAUCGGGUCGGUGCUUGGAGGCAUACAGAUGAAGUCGGACAAAAGAAAAGACAAAAAGAAAAACGAUAGCCAACACAAGGAUUGCCGGGAGGGGCAAAAUCAGUCCGAGGUAAACAACAAGCUCAGCGCCAUCAUGGACCACUGCAACAACCAAAUGGGACAGAUUGCAAACCAGAUCCAGUGCACGACUGCCUUCCUUGGGAAAGACCAGUUUGUCAAAGAGAUUCUUGGCAGGAGCGCUGGGAAGACAAGCUCAGUGUCUGCUUUGCCGCCAGGGGUGACCACGCAGAAGAAACAUGCUGAAUUGAAAGCAGACAUGGAGAUCUGUCCUGAUACGGCUACUCUCCUGGUAACUCAGAAGAUCAACUUGAAAUCUGACAACAAAGAGACACACAUUCCAGAUACUGCAUGUCAGGAUCACAUGAUGGGCUCAAGCUGUCAGAUGAGAACCCUGGACAGUGGGAUCGGCACUUUUCCCCUCCCUGAUUCUGUCACCCGCACCAGUGGUCGCCACAUUCCCAAAUCUGAAUCCAACCCUGAUGGGGUGACCACCUGCUUGUCCGAGCCCGAUGCAGAGCUCGCCUCGUCUCUUCCUGAUCCCUCACACUGCAGUGUAAAAGUGCCUUCCCUUCCACAAUCCCACCUGCAUGCGCCUAACAGCCUUGGACACUCCCUGUCUGACCCUGCUCUGACAUCCUGCGGCGACAUCCUCAACUCCCAGUGCCAACUGCCCCAGCUGCGACACAAAGAGGCAAUCAGGACUGGACGCUUGAGUUUUUGUGCUCCAUGUAGCAACAUAUCCACUUCAGCUGAGGACAAGCUAGAGGACAGAGAGAACAGCACCAAGGCAAAGGACAGCGAGAAGCAUGCGCACGAGAGGGUCCUGCGAGUGUGUACAUACUCAGGCAGCAGCGACACUGAGACUGAAAUUGAGGGCAGCACUCUGGACUCGUCACCAAGCACUCUGGUCAACAGAUCUGGGAAAGAUUAUUCAGUGGAGUCUACUGAAAAGACCCUGCAGAGAUGUAGUGUGGAGAAAGUCUUGUCUAUAAUGGACUACUACCACAAUGACAUGUACGCCCAUAUGGACCCAGACAGUGGGAGGAUCCAUCAGUACAAGGAUGGGAAGGCUGGCCUCAGUGUGGAGAGUCCACUUGAUAAGACUGUGAUCACAAACCAACCGCUCAACUUCUCGCUGGAGUCCCUGAACCAGUUGAACCACAGCAGCUCCAGCAGCAUCUACCCCGCGAGCGUGUCUGCGGGCCGCCUCGGUGAAUGCCUUCCAGACCCAGGGAAGAGCCGCGAGGGCUGCUACAAGAUGGAUGAGGCCUCCUCCGGCUUCUCCAGGAAGCCUGGGGUGGAUCCUGUGGGCUCCCUCAGUGACUCUCUGUACGACAGCUUCUCGUCCUGCACUAGCCAGGGCUCCAACGACGUGUAGCAGUGCAGGGCUGCUGGGCAACAGAGUCAAGUCUGGUUCCUGAUCAGUGACCAGAGUCAUGGAGGGAACAAAGAUUCUCAACUAGUGGCCAAACCAAGGCCCCUCUGGUUACACCUUCUCCAGGAAAGUUCAUGAACUCAUUUGAAUCGGCAAGAUGAACCUCUCUUUGCUUUUCUUUCCCAAAUCACUUUGAGGGGAAGAAGGUGGUGACGACACACUGAUGUAGCAUCCAACACCUGUGUCGACAGAGAUCCUUCCUCAUCCAGUGACCAGUCUUCCUGAUGUGGCGCUUCAGACAAUCGCUAAGUCUUUGCUUCGUUUCUAUGUACGAUUUAUUUGAUCCUCCAUAAGAAAACUAUUCCAUAUCCAGUGUGGAUAGAGACCUUGACCCGCCAGACCUGGGAGUCCGUGGAACCACAGUUCCCCUCACGCACCAAGAGGACCACUGAGGGGGUGUUGAUCAGUCACAAGCCACAUCACAAGCUGCUUGAAAAGAAAACACCAAAAAUGAAGACAGGCCUUUUUGAGAGAACUUUUUGUGUUGCAAAAUAUGAAAUUUAGUCUGUUUAAAAUUCAGUUAAUCGGACACUGAGCCAGGUAUUUCUUCGUGCCGCUCUAAAAAUGGUUGCUUGGCAACCUGGCUGAAGAUCUGAGAAUGAGACUCCAAAUAGAUGCCAUGUUGGAGGUAAAGAUAAUAAUAACUAACUAAAUAAAUGAACAAACCAUGAUCACUCAAAUGUCAUUUUCAUUCAGACAUUAUCUGGCAAUAUUUUCUUUAAUAACAGCACCAUAUGGAUGAGAGCAGAUGAGCAGAAACAUGUGUUGAUCGUGUGGAUAUGAGCCAGACUUGAGCCCCAGCUCUGCAGCCCUGCUGCACUCCAGAAUGGACGAGUAACGAAAAGCACUUAGCCGGAAAACAAACUCAGACAGCACCGCGAUGGAGCGGACUGCAACUCUCAAUGAAGUGGUUGCACUUUGAUUCUCUUCUCUCCCCUCCACGGAAACACCUGGAAGAAAUACCGAGAGGAAAGUGAGUGAUGGUCGCUUGCUAGGAAAACCUGAGGUUUCGCUUGUGUGUUGCUGCUAAAUGAUAUUUUCUCUCCAUGAUACCCAUGUGGAUUCUCAACUCACCUGCGCCAGUUUUCCAAGCAGCUCACGCCGUUUUAUGUUCACUGUCAGAGCUGAGGCACAAGUGACACUCGUGAGCAACAUACCGCUGCAACACAGACUGAAACGGCUUUGAUAAAAGUGCAUUUGAAAUGCCCACACGCUUGUAUUUAUCAUUUCUAUUUAUUAAUUUAUUGACUGGUGGCCAUAGAACGCAACAUUUUCAAAGGUUUUGUUUUUCAGUCUCAUCGCCUCUGUAGCUCAGGGAACAUGCUGAACGAAGGAGGAUGGCAAGAAGAGGAGUAGCUGACAUUGUCACCAGGAAGUAGUUGAGUGUUUGUGUUCCUCCACCAACCUUUGUCGUCUUCUCCACCACACACCUGACUGUUUGCAGCCAUUUAACUUCACUUGCAGUUCCACCGGUUUGUGUUACAUACGGACAUCCACUCGUUCCAUACAAACAUGAAGGGUUUUGGUAUCAUAAACUCUUGAUGUGAAUCAUAUUGUGGAAUCAUGCCCUGAGGUCAACUCUUUAAGGCAGUUGUCUUGAACUCAGUCCUGACUGACCAUCAACUGAAUGCUAUCACUGCUCAACACAAGCCCAUUGUUAUCUAACUAUGAAACAUUAUUGAUGUCUAUGUGUUCAGUGGACGAUGGGACGGUUUCCAACGGAGCCACGUGCACCCUCUCCGAACCUCUUGGUCCCUCUCCCUCCUGGCUGUUGUUGUGUAUAUGAAAGUGCUGUAUGUUAAUAUCACACGAUGGGCAUUGCAGAUCUGACGUGCCGAACCAUAAAAGGCAAAACAAUGACAUGUAAAUUGCGACUCAUUCAACUCAAGUCUACUGCUUGUCUUUUUCUUUGGGGUGUUACUUGUUUUAAAAGAGAUCUUUAUUUUGACAGAGCUGAUAUGAAACAUAUUUAAUCGCUUUAUUUUGAGUUUUUUUUUUUUUUAAAGGAUGUUUUGGGUGAAAUUAUGCCAAACCUUCUACCUGGAAUUUGACCGGCUGGUGCUAAUCAACAGGGCCGACCGUUUCAAUCUUUUUCUUUUCCAUGAAAUUGUUAAUAUUGUAUGAAGAAAGUCUGAAGAGAAACUUGUGUAUUUUUCUAGAUGUGCAGUAUUUAUACCCACAUUUUGUACUGUCAGACUGUAGUGUGGUCAUCCUGCUUCACCUCAACGUUCCUGCUUCCUUUGUAAAGAGAAAUGGUUACCAGCAGUGUUACUUUGGUAAUUAUUAUGAAUAUUGCUAUUAUAAUUAUUAUUGCAAUGUGCAAUUUUGUCAUUACACCUUGAGGCUCUAUUUUAUGUAUCUAUUUCCUAAAUAAAUAUGAAAACUUUACCUGAGUCAACCCCCUGUGGU